UGCUCAGGAUAGUCUAUGGGUUAUAAAGCCCCACAGAGUUCGUUUUAAUUACUUUGUGAGAUACACUCACAGCUGCCACAUCUAUCUCGGAGACUCACAGUCCAAGAAUGCUGCACCCAGUCCUGCUGAUUCUUGCUGGAGGGCUGUGCUGCCAGGUAUUAGCAUCAUCUAAUCGGCUACCUGAAGGGCAGAAAUAUGAAGUGGUUUUUCUACAAAAACUUCAUACACAACACAAGAGAGACACGCAGAGCAAGCAUCCAGAUGUGGUACAUUAUGGUCUAGUACUGGAAGGAAAACCCUUGGUUCUACAGCUUAAAAGAACUGAAGGCUUGAUAAGUGACGAUUACACAGAGACACAUUACCUGCCAGAUGGCACGCCGAUAACACACAGCCCUAAAAUUCAGGAUCACUGCUAUUAUCAUGGACAUGUGGAGAAUGAUGAUGAUUCAAUGGCCAGCGUUAGCACAUGUAGAGGUUUAAGUGGAGUUAUCCAUACCCGAAGUCGCAGAUUCUUGAUUGAGCCCCUGAAUGAUACUGACAGUGAUGGACAUGCUGUGUAUGAAGAUAAGGAUGAGACCCCCAGAACAUGUGGGGUGACCAAUACCACUUGGCUAGACAAUAAAGUUGUGAAGUCGUCGCGAUCCGGCAAUGAGAAACCAUUAUUCUACGCAUCACAGAAAUUUGUCAAAAUGUAUAUAGUACUGGAUACUACAAUGUUCAAAAAAUACAAUCGCAGUGAAGAAUAUGCUAGAAUCAGAGUCAGCGAGAUUAUUAAUUAUGUCAACUUAGUUUAUAAAAUCUUUAAUACUUUUGUCGCUAUCACUGGGUUGGAAAUAUGGAAAGAUAAAGACUUGUUUGAAAUGUCCAGUGAUGCCUCACAACUGCUGUCUCGGUUUACUAACUGGAGGGAAACCCAACUCCUGCCAAGGAAACCUAACGACAAUGCACAGUUAAUCUCGAAUAUUGACUUUAAUGGUGCCACUGUUGGCCUUGCAUUCAUGGGAACCAUGUGCACUACUACUCAUUCUGCAGGUGUGAUACAGGAUCACAGUAAACCAUCUAUUUCAGUUGGUGCUACAGUAGCGCACGAGAUGGGGCACAAUCUUGGAAUGAGUCAUGACAGCAGUUCCUGCUCUUGUGAUGCUGAAACCUGCAUCAUGGCACCCAGCCUCAGCUACAACACACCAAAAUAUUUCAGUACCUGCAGCCAACAAAACUUUCAGAAGUUCAUCUAUGACAAGAUGCCUGCAUGCAUGAAGGCUGCGCCUGAGAAAACAGACAUUGAGAUCCCUGCAGUGUGUGGGAAUAAAUUCACAGAGGUGGGGGAGGAGUGUGACUGUGGCACAGUGGAGGAAUGUACCAAUCCAUGCUGUAAUGCACAAACAUGCAAACUUCAGGAAAAAGCAAAGUGUGCUGCUGGGGAGUGUUGCGAUAAUUGUCAGAUAAGGAAUGCGGGACAUGUAUGUAGACCAAUUAAAGAUGACUGCGACCUAGCAGACAUGUGUGAUGGGAAAUCUGCUGCUUGCCCCUCUGACCGUUUCCGAGUCAAUGGAUUCCCCUGCAUGAAUGGUCAAGGCCACUGCUACAAUGGGAAGUGUCCCUCCCUGCAAAAUCAGUGCAUCUCCCUGUGGGGAGCAAGUGCUCAGGUGGCACAGGAUUCCUGCUUUGAGGUUAAUCGGAGAGGUCUUAACUAUGGGUACUGCAAAAAGUCAGGAAAUUCAUAUAUGCCAUGCGCUAAAGAGGAUGUAAAGUGUGGAGUGCUGUAUUGUUUUGGAGGUUCUUCCAGUUCUGAUGCUGUUGUUGCUGAGUUUUCAAAUUGCAAAGGGGUACUGGCUCAGAAAGGAAUGGUGGAGAACGGUACAAAGUGUGGUGAUGGAAUGGUUUGCCUCAAUGCAGAAUGUACUGCUAUUGAAACUGCUUACAGGUCAGCUAACUGCUCUGCUAAGUGCACAGGACAUGCGGUUUGUGACCAUGAACUCAAGUGUCAAUGUGAGGAAGGCUGGUCGCCCCCCACCUGUGAUGCCCCUUCAAGUACAAAUAUUAUCAUCAUCGUGGUGGUGAUCCUUAUUGCUCUUGCUCUCAUCAUCGGGCUUGUGUUGCUUGUGAUAUUCCGCAGGCGGUCAAUCCGCAGGAAACAGAGUUCUGUGCCCACUGUAUCUGGUGCAACCAACCAGGCUUUUGUCACCCAAUAUCAUAGUAAAAAACAACAGGUUGCCAAUGCUUCAACCCCAGAGAUGACUACCAGGAAUCUCUUGCAAACCCCACCACCACCAACACCACCACAAAAGCCAACGGGGUCCCGUACGGCUGCAGGUUACCAGGGCCCUCAGUAUUCUGUGGCAUCAACAAAAGUUGUGUUUGAAAAAGAGGAAAUUAAAAAGCCAACUACUGCACCACCACCUAUACCAACCAAACCAGCCCUUCCUCCUCAACUACCACAGGCACUGAAACCCCCUAUUAAAGUCUAAUGCAGCCCUGUGAAGCAGUGGGUAGAAAACGUUUUUAAUUAGACCACUAAAGCUAUGCAUCGUUGUGAUUGUAUUUCAAUCCUGUCUGUGGGGAGCAAUGUGUGCGUGUGUGUUUUCCAUCUCACUCUGUCUAUCUAAACCCAGUGAACUCAAGUGAACGUUGAUGUUCAGCACUAACCAAUCUUGUAGGAAACUUUUCCCCACCCUCUAAACGCACAAUAUAUACUUCUUUCAUUCCAUGAUCUCUAAGGGCUAGAACAUAAUAGAGCUCCCAAGAAUAAAAGCUGUAUUUAUGCCCCUCCCUACUAGCAACACCAAAAGCCCCCGCUCAACUGUGCCAGGUAUUGAGGGCUUCUGCUGUAAUCAGUGUGGAAGUGCAUUGAUGUCAAUUUGACAUACCCAGAUUUAAACUUCAUAUAGGUUGUGGCAGACCGCCUGGUACCCCAACUGGGUACCUCUGUUCUACAUUUGUUUGGCUCUAUAACAUGAUCCGCUGCUUUCUUUCUCUAUUUUGGUACUGCUUUAUACUCUGAAAAUACCACUGGAAAUAAUAUGACUAUGAAUAUACGACUCUUAUGGAUGAAGUACAGCACUACGGCAUGAAAUUACCUUAUUGGUACAUAUUGAAUUUACAUUUUUCAGUGGUCUGAUCCCUUUGGUGUUCAUCCUCUGGUCAUUGAAGGGUUUUUUUUUUGCUGACGUUUUGUGUAUGUAUAGCUUGUAAAUAUUAUUUUAAUAGACUUCUUAGCUGGUGUAAUCUUUAUAAGGAAUGAAUGAGGGGUGUGCAUGGUGGGACGCGAAUGAGUUCAUACUGCAUAAGAACACUUGAAACAAAAGCUCAAAGCACGGUUUUUCUUUUUCAAAUAAUUUCAACUUGGUUUUAAUCACGAUUUUUAAAUUCUCUCCAGAGAUCUAUUUUUAACAAAGGUGUAAUAUUGAGCAGAGAUGAUAUAUGGUGAAUGUUUUUAUAGUUUUUACAAAAUGUUUGUGCACUUUAUGAAGCAUUUCCUGAAUAAAAAAAAGAUCUGUUUGUAACAUCUGUAUCUCUGGACUUAUUUGUGGAUAUAAAAUAUGGAAGAUUUUCAAUAAAGUGGGAAUUCAAAGUGAAUUCAAAAUUAA